AAAUCGAAGACACAUAUUAUCCUCCUUAAUUAUAAAUAUCAUUCUAAGAGUGUAUGCAACUGCAAGGGCAAUAUUUUUAUUUUCUUCAUCAAAACAUAAAAUAUCAUAGCAUUAACUUUCACACACACUAACUAGCUAGUUAGUGUAUCCAAAUAUAUAUGGAGGAAAUGGCAUCAGAAAUGGAUCUUCCCGGAUUUCGAUUCCAUCCCACUGAAGAAGAAUUGCUCGAUUUCUACCUCAAGAACAUGAUUUUUGGGAAAAAAUUAUGUUUCGACGUAAUUGGAUAUCUCAACAUUUAUCAUCAUGAUCCUUGGGAAUUACCAGGGUUGGCUAGGAAUGGAGAGAGAGAAUGGUACUUUUUUGUGCCAAGAGACAGGAGACAUGGUAGCGGAGGAAGGCCUAACAGGACUACAGUAAACGGGUUUUGGAAAGCUACUGGUUCUGACCGGAAAAUUGUGAGCUUAUCGGACCCGAAAAGGAUUAUCGGUUUGAGAAAGACUCUUGUUUUCUAUAAGGGAAGAGCACCAAGAGGCUCCAAGACUGAUUGGGUCAUGAAUGAAUAUCGCCUGCCUGAUUCUUGCCCUUCACCCAAGGACAUAGUGCUUUGUAAAAUAUAUAGAAAGGCAACUUCCUUGAAAGUGCUAGAGCAAAGGGCAGCAAUGGAGGAAGAGAUAAAAACAACGAUCAAUACAUCUUCAUCAUCUUCAUCACCAUUAUCCUCAUUGGACAUGGACACUAUGUCCUUCUAUAGUCAACAAGAAGAUCCAAUCUCUAUGCAGCUUCUGGUUUUCAAGAAAGAAGAAGGAGAACAUGUGGUUAUGGUUGAAGAUAGAAAAAUUAGUGAUAAUGAUAAUUAUAAUAAUGACAAAAACAAUAGAGAUGAAAAGCCUAAUAAGGAGAUAAAAGGGUCUUCUUCUUCUUCUUCUUCUCUACAAUUACCAAUGGGCAAGGACAAGCUACCAGAGCUGGAAGUGCCAAAAUUAGGCAUUGACUGGAGCCAAGACAACUUUUUGUUCAAUAGUCCUUGGUUGCAAAGUCUAGCCCAAAAUCUGACCCCUUAUGCCAACAUUUUGAAUUUUUAGAUCUAAUUUAUAAUUAUGUCUAAGUAAUAAGCAAAUAUUUAUAUAUUCUGAUUUUUGUAGAUAUGAUUUUCAUUUACAUCCCAAAUAUUAGGACUGAAGAAGAAUCUUGAAGUUAAAUGUGUUUAAGGUCAGAAGGGGUGUGGUGAUAAUUGCCAAUGUAUGGAAGCAUUUUGUUUAUCUUGUUAAUUAAUGAACAAGUUUUAAUCUACUUUUACAACUUAA